AUGGCGGUACCAAAUUUUAAAUCCGCCGAGGAUUCUAAUUUUCGAAUUGCAGAGACCGCUGAUGAGGAAAAUGCCCCAAAGGACGAUGGCAUUCUUUACGCUGAAAUUCUCUCCGCGGAGUUGGAAAAUAUGAGUUUGUCCAGAGUCAUUUCUUCGGAAGAUGACUUUUUCGGUGGCGACAACAAUAACGAGGAAAAUGAGGAAGGGAUGAAGGAGGAGAAGAUGAAGUGGAUCUUGCGUCGACUUGCCGUUAAUACCGACGAGAAUCAACAGCGGAUGGAAAAUAUUUGGAAGUAUAGAGAUGUUGCGCUUUGGGAACAGUUUCCGACAAGCAGUGGAACGCAGCACUCGAUGAUCGAAAAUGGGAAAAUAAAUGGUGGUCGAAUUCAAAAAGCGGAUCCUCGCCUUGAGCCAAUUCCUCAGAUGAUCUUUACUGAACAGGAGAAAGACUAUUAUUACAACUUCCGAAAAAUAGUUCAUAAUAGGCCUUCCUUUGAUGAUUGUUUUGGCUAA